CAGUAACUGUAAAUCACCUCGAGGUGAAUUUGUUCCUGUGAUACUGUGAGAGAGUCUUUCUGCUGCUGCCUUUCAUCACCACUGAAAAGAAGAUGCAUAGGUGAUCAGAUCUUUGAGACAAAGACUGUUGGUGUUGGAGAGGAUGUGACUUUAAAUUGUAACCGGCAGAAAUCUGAGUACACAGGAGCCUUGUUUUGGAUCAGACUAGUUUCUGGAAACUUUCCUGAAUUCUUGGCAGGAACACUUGCCAUUAAUUUUGAUGUUGUUAACAAGACUCCUCACUUUUCAGCAAAACAAGAACCUGGAACAUUUAUUCUGCAUAUUAAUAAAGCAAAACCGAGCGAUACUGGAGUUUACUACUGCAUAAAGGUAGAAAGACAGACCGAAAUGACAUUUUUGAAUGGAACACUUCUGAGAAUCAAAGAAUCAGAACUUAAUAUUACUGCCAUCAUCCAAGACCAUCCAUCUGUUCCAGUCCAUCCAGGAGACUCAGUGACUCUUCAGUGUUCAGUCCUCAGGGACUCUGAGAAGAAAACAUGUCCCGGUGAACACGGUGUGUUCUGGUUCAGAGCCGGAUCAGAUGAAUCUCAUCCCAGUUUAAUUUAUGCUCAUGGAAACCACGGUGAUGAAUGUGAGAAGAGUCCUGAGGCUUACUCUCCACAGAAAUGUGUUUACAACUUCUCUAAAAUCGUCAGCUCCUCUGAUGCUGGGGCUUACUACUGUGCUGUGGCCACAUGCGGGGAGAUUUUAUUUGGAAGUGGAACAAAACUGGACAUUGAAGCAUUCAACGUGUGGGAUUUGCAAAAGUUCAACACAGUUCUGUUUGUGUUAUGUGCAGCUUUUGCUAUAAGUCUGAUCAUUAUUGCCUUCUUGAUUUAUACCAUCAAGAAGAAAACUUGUGAUUGCUGCAACGCUGCCGAUCUGCAAACAAAUGCUGCAACAGCCAGCGGUGAUCAGCAAAGUCAGCAGAGAGACACUGACUUAUUGGCUUAUUCUGCACCAACCUUUAACAAAAGGAAAACUGGCAGAGCAGAGAGAAGGAAUGUUAAAACAGCGGAGGGAGAGACAGUCUACACAGAUGUCAGGACUCUAGUGAUCGAUUAAUAAUCAUCUGGCUUUGCUUAUUAAAGAUAAUAUGAUUCUUAUCUGGCACACUGUAAAUAUGCUGCUUAAUAUUCACAUCUGAGCAGUAACAAUAUUUUAUCUGAAUAACCUUAACAAAUGUUAAAUCUGAUUGCAAUAAUUGUAUGACUUUUUUUAUAAAAGGGAAUGUCAUGAUGCAAAAAUCUUUUGUAUUGACUUUUGGUGAUAUUCUACAGCACUCUUUCUUUAUUAAAGUCUUUGAAGAAGUUUAUAGUGCUACCAUUCAAACAGACUGUUUGACAGAUUGACCUUGAAAGAGCGCGGUUAAAGUGUAACUCUCGCCAAAAUGCAACCU